UUUUUAAAUAUUGGAUACACACCUGCAUCCUUUCAAUAUUGCAGUCAUGCUGAACAGGAGUUCAUUUACUACUCUAGUGGUGGGUGUUUUUAUUGUUUAUGUUGUGCACACCUGCUGGGUGAUGUAUGGAAUUGUCUACACAAAACCCUGUGAAAACCUUGGUGACAACUGUAUCAAGCCUUACCUCUCUAAGAGGCCAAAACUGCAGCUUAGUGUAUAUACCACAACAAGGACCAGUAUUACUGCUGAAAACAAUGUCGAUUUGGUUUUGAAUGUUGACAACUUUGAUGUGGAAUCAAAAUUUGAAAGGACGGUCAAUGUCAGUGUGCCGAAGAAAACCAGAAAUAAUGGUACUUUGUAUGCUUAUAUAUUUCUUCAUCAUUCUGGAGUCCUCCCAUGGCAUGAUGGCAAACAAGUCCAUAUUGUAAGCCCCCUGACUACUUAUAUGAUCCCUAAGCCAGAAGAGAUAAAUCUUUUAACAGGAGAAACAAAGACAAAGCAAAUUGAUGCAGACAAAAAAGAAACAAAUGCUUUGGAUGAACCUGUUUCACACUGGAGAUCUCGUUUGACGCUCAAUGUUAUGGUGGAUGAUUUUAUUUUUGAUGGGUCUUCUCUUCCUGCAGAUGUUCAUCGAUACAUGAAGAUGAUACAGCUGGGCAAGUCUGUUCAUUACCUGCCUAUACUGUUUAUUGAUCAGUUAAGUAAUCGCGUAAAAGAUUUAAUGGUGAUAAAUCGAUCAACGAUUGAACUACCUCUUACUGUUGCAUAUGACAAAAUUUCCUUGGGAAAGCUUAGAUUCUGGAUCCACAUGCAAGAUGCUGUCUACUCUUUGCAGCAAUUUGGUUUUUCCGAAAAGGACACAGAUGAAGUGAAAGGAAUCUUUGUAGACACUAAUCUGUAUUUUUUAGCCCUAACAUUCUUUGUUGCAGCAUUUCAUCUUCUGUUUGAUUUUCUUGCCUUCAAAAAUGAUAUAAGCUUUUGGAAAAAGAAAAAAAACAUGGUUGGAAUGUCCAGAAAAGCAGUGCUGUGGCGUUGCUUUAGUACAGUGGUAAUAUUCCUUUUCUUACUGGAUGAACAAACCAGUUUACUGGUGCUGAUACCUGCUGGCAUUGGCGCAAUAAUAGAGAUUUGGAAAGUGAAGAAAGCCUUAAAGUUACACAUUCAAUGGAGAAGCAUGUCACCGGUAAUUAAAUUUGGCACUCACACUGAAUCUGAAAAGAAAACUGAAGAGUAUGAUACUCAGGCAAUGAAAUACUUGUCAUAUAUAUUAUAUCCGUUGUGUGUGGGAGGUGCUUGUUAUUCACUUCUAAACAUUCGCUACAAAAGCUGGUAUUCUUGGUUAAUAAACAGCUUUGUGAAUGGAGUUUAUGCUUUCGGAUUCCUAUUUAUGUUGCCACAGCUGUUUGUAAACUACAAGAUGAAGUCUGUGGCACAUCUACCAUGGAAAGCAUUCACAUAUAAGGCAUUCAAUACAUUUAUUGAUGACAUCUUUGCAUUUAUUAUUACUAUGCCAACAUCGCACAGACUGGCUUGUUUUAGAGAUGAUGUUAUAUUUCUAAUUUAUCUGUACCAGAGAUGGCUUUAUCCUGUGGAUAAGACAAGAGUGAAUGAAUACGGAGAAUCUUAUGAUGUUAAACCGAAACGAAAGCCUCACAUAAAUUAGAGAUUUUGAUCUGGACUUACAUGUAUCGCCUACUUGAAAGUUAUUAUUUUAUGUCUAUGAUGGCAGUUGUGAAUUAUGAGUAUUUCUGGAUGCCAUUGUAAAUCUUUUUUGGACAAUACAUGGUCUUCAUUGCCAAAA